AUGGUCACCCCCUAUGUAUCGGACGAAGACGGACUGACGCAGCCAUUCGACGCGAUGGCAUCUGCUGGGGUCAACGAAAAGCCACGGACCAUAGUCCUGCCGGUCGACGGCAGCGAGCAUAGUGAGCGCGCCUUCCGCUGGUACAUGAAUAAUGUGAAGCGGCCCAACGACAAUGUGAAGUUUAUCAACAUCAUUGAACCCGUCUACACAAGUCCCGGUUUCGGAGCAGCACUGGAAUUGCCGCCUUUGCCAGAUGUCUCUCGAGUUAUGACGGAGACUGUGGAGACAGGGAAAAAGCUGUGCCAAGAGAAGAUGCACCAAGCUAAGGCGUGCAACAUUAAUUCUCAGGCAUUUUUGCAUGUUGACAGCCGUCCAGGUCCUGCCAUUGUGAAGGCAGUGCAGGACUACAAUGCAGACCUGGUGGUCAUGGGAAAUCGAGGCAUCGGGACCGUUCGUCGUACUUUCUUAGGCAGUGUCAGUGACUAUGUUCUUCACCAUUCACAUGCACCCGUUGUUAUUGUACCCCCUAAUGCAACAGAAGCCAAAUAA